CAAGUGUUCUACUGACCUAUGACCCGCAGAAGAAGAAGAGAAAGCAUGGCAGCAGCGGUGGUCCGUGUGAAGCGCUGUCAGACAGACGACCCUGUCGAGGCUUUGUUGGUCUCCUGUAAGAGACUAAAGGCUGCGGAUGGGCAGGCGACAGCCACAGUGACCGCUGAAGACAUCAGGGAGGUUUUUAAGUUCGUCGGAACAGUCGCUAAACAGGGUGACAACCUUCCCAAACAUAUCAAGGACAGCAUCUCUAAGACCAGGCCGCAUGCCAAGAAGCAGGCAAAGCCCGUCACCAGUAAGAGACAUGAACAGAAUCGUGAUGCCUUUAGGGUGGCCCAACGGGCAAGUCGCUACAAAGUGGUGGCAAGUCACAGGGACAUUGAUGUGGUUCUAGAGAGGGAAGAAAACAAAGAUACAGAAAAGAAUGGCCCCAAGGUGGCGGAGGGUGGAGAAGUGGAAGCUGGGCAGCUCUUUGGUGUGUUUGAUGCUGUGGAGGAAAACAGCAAGGAGGAUGAAGAAAGGAAGAAGAAAAGAGCUGAGAGAAAAAUGCAGGAGCUGAGUGACCCCGAUGCCAUCACCUGUAACUCCGUCAGAAUGAUCCGUGAGAAGCUGACCCUGUCGGACAGCCCGGCGGCCCCACAACAGUCCCCACAGUUUGUUUACGACAUCUACUACUCGGACUCGCUGGACCCCACCCACCUCCAGCACAUCGUGGAGGUCACAGACUGCCAUCAGAUGGAGCUGGUCCACGAGGAUGCAGAUGAUGAGGGAGGAGACAUGUAUGAUGAUGAGGAUGACAGCAAUGAUGAAAGUAACUGGAGGAACGACUAUCCUGAUGAAGAUGAGGCUUCCAGCAGGGAUAUAGAUUAUUAUGAUCCGGACUAUGAGUGGAAGGACACCUUUGGUGACCUGUCUAGUGAUGAUGAUGACUAUCUUGGCCCCAGACGGAUGCCAGGCAGUGUGAGAAGUGCAGAGAGUGGGGCCAUGGCCAGGUUCAAGGCCCAUCCUUUAGCAGACCUGGAUGAUGGGUACUGCUAUACAGUGCAGGAUGGUGGCAGUGAUAGUGACAAGGGCGGAGAUUUUACAUAUUAAGACAGGAUUAUACAAAAUGGCAGAGGUUGCUAUCUGCAAAAGUUCUGAGAAUUGGAAGGAUGGCAUCACACUGGAUGGUACCAUUUAGGCUUUGGGGUCCUUCAUAUUAUCGAAUUACCUACUAGGAUGUUGGUCCAUCCUUCACCAUCUGCAGUCCUUCCAAGAUAGUAAAAGACAAACAUAAAAAAGUGUCAGACACUGUAGCAUGCAGAAACACCUUGAAUUCAGUGUAUAGAAUAGUGACAGUAUUGUUGUGGACGUGCACUAUAAAUGAGCAACUAUCCACUGGUGCUAUUUGAACUGAAGACCUAUAUGUGCUAAUCACACAAGUAUGAUUGAAUCAAAAGGCUAUAAGGCAUACGUGCCACUAAUAAUAUCAGACCAUGCAUCUCCAUACAAAUAAUUCUCUCUAAAGCUUUUUCACAAUUAGUGUAUUUUUUAACGAUUGGCAAAAAACGUGAGAAAAUGAUCGGGAUUACUCUGUUAUUGCCGAUGGAUAUAAUUAAUUGAAUGGCUCUGAGAAGGAAGAUGUAAAGUUUUAAGACUACAUGAAACUUAGAGGUAUCCUAAAUAGGCUAAGUGCAUGUCUUUGACCUGGAUGUAUGUGUCGUGUUUCAGAUGACUAAUACAUAUCACUGCAGUGUAUAAUACAAAGUAUAUAUUGGGAUUAGAUAUAUGACAGCAGCUUUGUUACACUGUUCAUACUUUGUGAUAUGAAAAUGCACAUGUACCUCAUUCACACUACACUAAACAGAGAAGUUUUAUUUUUUUACUGUUUAAAGUCUUUGGAGUUGAGUCUGUUAGACAUUUUUGUUGCCAGCAAACUUGCUUCAUAUAAUAAGACACGCAUUUCAGAACAAACCAAGAAUGAUAAAUCGGGCUGUAGUUGUUAUUAAGGCUGGGAUUUCUUUCAUUCUUCAAUAAAUCCCACCAGUUUUUGUGACAAACUACACAACGGAAAACUGAUCCGGCUGUAAUGGCAGUAUAAUGUGUAUAUCUUGUCAGUCAGUAAGAACUCAAGACAGGCACUUGUAUGCUUCUCUAGAUAAUGGUGACACAACAUGAAGAUUAUAGUAUAGGCGGAUUAGCAGUAACU